AUGGAUACAAAACCGAAAAAUGAGCAUCUUUUAGCACUAAAAGUAAUGAGGUUGACGAGACCAACAAUGGCAACACCAGUGAUUGUAACAUGUGAUUCAACAGAUUUACCUGGAAAUACAUUGAAUAAUGAAUUAAAAAAUGAUUGUACUGCAUUGCAAGGCAUGGAAAGUCUUGCUGUCGGACAAUUCAUGGUAUUACCUCAAAGUUUUGGCAAUAUUUAUCUUGGAGAAAUAUUUUCUUGUUAUCUGUGUGUACAUAAUGGUAGUAAUCAACUUGUUAAACAUAUUAAUGUUAAGCGCCAGAUAAUACUAUCGAUGAAAUUAGUAUGCGAAGUAAGUUAUGUUUCAACAGUCGUAGGAUCAGCACCUCAAUCAUUUAGAAAAUUUUUUAAAUUUCAAGUCGUCAAACCUCUUGACGUAAAAACUAAAUUCUUCAAUACCGAGUGUGAUGAAGUUUACGUAGAAGCACAAAUUCAAAAUUUAACUGCAGGCCCAAUAUGUCUAGAAAAAGUAUCUUUGGAGUCAUCUCAUUUAUUUACAGUGUCGUCUCUUAAUACGAAUGAGAAUGGGGAUUCAGUUUAUGGUAAAGUAAAUAUAUUAGAUCCGAAUUGCUGUCGGCAAUACCUCUAUUAUCUAAAACCACAGCCAAGUUUGAUGAAAGAUCCAAAAUUAAUACACAAUGCUACUAAUAUCGAAAAUGUGAUAGAUUUUAAAUGCCAUAUCGUAAAUACAUCAGAACGAAAUAUGGAUUUAUUAUUGAGUUUAGAAUCAAAUAGUUCAUUGGCUUGGUGUGGGAUUUCUGAUAUUACGAUAGGAAGUUUAAAGUCAGGUGCUUUUAUUGAUGUUCCUCUUCGUUUAAUACCUUUGGAAAGUGGUUUAAUUACUAUUUCGGGAUUGAAACUAAUGGAUACUUUCUUGAAGAGAGUUUACGAUUAUGAACACCUUGCACAAAUAUUUGUCUCACAAGUGGAUUAA